GCUAAGUAAACCAGCUAACUUAGCUCCUGUGCUAACCCCUGUGGUAACCUGUCUACUGUCACGACUGGCCAUUGUCCGGCCAAGUUAAGCGAAAUGUCGCUUGUUUAAAGUUGCUUCGACAAGACAAGAGAAAGAGAGAGAAGACAAAAAAAAACGGACUUUCUUGUUUGCCUUGAGCGUUGCCGUCGUGUUGAGUGAAAAGCUUGUGCGCUUUGUUGACACAGAGUGUGUUCCCCUCAGGCUCCUCCAACUCCUUCCUCCUGUCUGAUAUGUCAUCGGUGCUUGGCUACAGCAGAAGCCAGAGCUCUACAGCAGACGGUUGACAUCUGGUCAGUUGCUGUUGACAAGGAUGGCAGCUCAGGUGGAAGUUCAGACUGGGGAGGUUGGGAGGACAGUGGCGGGAGGACGACUUCACCUGAGUCCCCUGACUGACUCCAGCAAUAAGGCCCUCAUGGAGAUCCCCUCCAUCAACCAGUCCCAUAUCAUCACUUCAGAGCCUAACAAGCCUGUUCCUGCCCCCAAACCACGGCUCACUCCCAAGCCUUUUGCUAUGGAGAAAAACCCCACUAUUAAGCCCAUACUUGCCCCUAAGCCCCACACUAAGCCCCGACCAGAAUCCACUCGCAUCGUCGGAUACAAACCAGACCUUCCAUGCAAUCCAAAACCACAGCAACCAGUAACCACUGGCAAACCCAGCCCUGUGUCAACCAACCCCAACCGUCCUGCUCCUACAGCCUUCAAAACAUCUACUAAGUUGAACACUGGGCAAACAACCAAGCCUGUAGUCCAGCCGUUUAAACCAGCCCUUCCUCUUGACCCGGGAGACCCCAGCAAACCCACUUCCCCUGUGCCAGUAGAGAGACAAAAACCUAGUGCAUCAAGCUUGGCCUAUUCCAAGAGCCUUAAAAAACUCCCUGCAGCAGAGUGGUCUGGAACCACCAAAAAGGAAGAGAAGGACCAGAUGAUACCCAGUAAAGGUGGAGUGUCCAUUACCAGAGCCAAGUCCAUGGGUUUUCUCGCUCAGAUAGGCCAAGAGGAAGAGGAAAAAGAAGAAAGUAAACCGAAGGCAGCUGUGCCACUGCGACCCCAACCCAGAGCCUCCAGGCCCAGACCUGUAUCAGCUAUUUUCCUCAGCAGUCCAACCAAGACAGAAGCACCAGUUCCUGCCCCUCGCUGGACUGGGAGACGACCCCUUUCGGCCGAUCUCACAUCCAAGUUUGAGUCUAUUGGACUGUCACUACACCGUAAAACUCCCAAAGCAGACACUAAGGAGAACACUCCAGAAGAGAAAGCACUUCCGCAGAGGCGAGAGCAAGAGAAAAACUUGAAGAGUACCACACCACAAAGUACUGAUGUUGUUCCUAAACCUGUCAUCUCAGAACAAAGCAACAAAAAGACAGAAGAAAUAAGUGUGAAAGAGAAUAAUGGGGAUAAGCGUGGUGUUAGCAUCAAGUCACGAAUAAAUCUCCUCCUCGAUUCAUCCUCUCCUGGGGCAGUGGUCACGGACCAAGUGUCUGAUCUUGACUCUCCAGUGCAGCCAGUCCCUGAAACUGAACCAGCCGUAGGUGUUAAACAGCUCAUCAAGCAACUGACAGAAGAUACACCGCCAACUCAGAGUCCUAUCAUGAAACCAGCACUGAAGCCUCGCCCUCUGCCCCUCGACCUUACUAAAAGGUUUUCAACUGAGAGGUCGCCAGACCUUGCCAGUGUUUUCUUCAGUGAAGCAACAGAGCGCCAUGACAUCAGCAAAGAUCCUCAGAGGAGGACUGAAGAGUCAGCUAGCACCCCCACUGACCAGAGGACAUUGAUGGACUUAAAUGAUUACCAAGAGCCGCUCACAAAGGCCUCAAUGACUGAAGGUCCUGAGUCCCGACAGAUGUUCGGCGGUACUCCCAAGGAAAGUGGUCCCAGCGGUGAAGUGCAGACUGUACGGGCAUCCUUGUUUGAAAAUGUCGUGGAGAAGCACAGUGUGCUGAUGGUGGAUGACGGUAAACCUGCCAACAAGGCCAAAGACUCGCUAAGCAGCCCAUCAUAUAGGAGAGCAAAUAGUGAGGAUGAGGGAACUCUGGUUACCGCUACCUACAAAGAGCCUGUAUCUCCAUCAAGUCCUCAACAGGUGCUACAUGCCUUCGACACUGUGCAGGCAGUGGAAGAGAGCAGGGCAGUGAGUGAGAGCAUCCCAUCAGCUCAGUGGGAGGAUAAGGCCAUGACUUUACGCUCCAGACGUUCAGAGGGGACCAGGCCGGCGUCAGAGAGGUCUGGUUUAGCACAAGCAGAACCAGCUUUGGCAGUAACGCCAGACCAGCAGCCUCGAUACCUGAGAGUUGGAUCUUUGCCGAAAUGGAGCCCUUCAGGUCUUGAACAUGAUGCAGGCGUAGAGAAAGGGAUACUAAAGCAGUCACAAAGGGAAGGACAGGUGGCUUUGAAUAUAGACAGAGACUGGCAGAGAGAAGCGGAGCAAGAGGAAGUGGCUGCAGCUCCCAAACGUUUGAAAAUGCUGCAGGCAGAAGAACAGCCGAAACCCAGGGCGACCUACUUUGCGUUGACUGGCCAAAUACAAGAGCCAGUUUCUCAGGCAGGACCUGACAUAGGGGACACAGCUGCACCCUAUAGUGAUUUCUCUGUCAAGUCUGCACAGGGAAGCUCUCAAGGAAAGAUUCUUCCAGUUAGAAGGAAUCCAUCUUUAGAUGAAGCUUUUGGAAAAGAUCAAGCUGAGGAAUCAAAGAAGAGGGGCCACGUAUCACACAGGGAUGUCAGAUCAGCGUUAGACCGACAGAUGGAGGAAAUGAUGGAAGUAGAAAAGAAAAGAGAACUAAAAAAUGAGGCUGAAAGACACAAUGGCAAAAUGAAAGAAUUGGAGAGGGAAAAACAGAGACAGCUCGAAAUGGAGAAACAAGCACAUUUAGAAUUUGCAAGAAUGAAGGAGAGGGAGAGGCAAAGAGAACAUGAACGGCAGAGACAGAAAGCUUUUGAGAGGGAGCAGCAGGAGUUUGAGGAGAAACAACGUGCACUGGAAAGGCAGAAACAGCUAGAGCUCGAAAAACAGAAGAUGCAAGAGAUGGAGAGAGAGAAACAAAGAGAACUCGAAAGAGAGAGGCAGCAGCAGCUCGAGAAAGAAAAACGCAGAGAGUUGGAAAAGGCAAGACAGCGAGAACAGGAGAAGCAGAGACAGAGGGAGGAGGAGAUGCAGAGAGAGCUGGACAGGGAGAGACAGCUGCUGGAACUUCAAAAGGAAAAGCAGAGAGUGGAAGAGCUUGAGAGAAUGAAAGAGUUGGAGAGAAGACAGCUCUUGGAUUUUCAAAAACAGAAGCAGAAAGAAAAGGAGAGGCAGCAGGUGUUGGAAUUCGAGAAGCAGAGACUCCGAGAGAAGAUGGAAAGAGAGGAGGCAGAAAAAAUGAAACAGAUGUCACUAGAACAGGAGAUGUUAAGACUGAAAGAGCUUGAUAAAGAAAGGGAAAGACAAAGGGAGAUGGAGAAGGAGCGUGUGAAGGAAAUGGAGAGAGAGAAGCUGAGAGAGCAGGAGAGACAGAGACAAAGAGAUUUAGAAAGGGAGAGACAGAAACAACUAGAAAUGGAGAGACAGGAAUUAGAGAACCAGAGGUUGAGACAGCGAGAACUCGAUAAGGAAAAGCUCAGGAAGGAGGAGCUGGAGAGAAUGAAAGAGAUUGAGGUAAGACAACUCAUGGAGUUUGAAAAGCAAAAGCAAGCUGAAAGGGAAAGACAACAAAUUUUAGAGUUUGAGAAACGCAGACUGAGGGAGAAGAUGGAGAGGGAGGAGGCAGAGAAAAUGAGACAACUAGCCAAACAGCAAGAAGCAGAGAGGGAGAGACUACAAAUGUUAGUGCUCGAAAAACGCAGACUUAAGGAGAAGAUGGAGAGGGAGGAGGCAGAGAAAAUGAGACAGAUAGCCAAGCAGCAAGAAACAGAGAGACAGCGACUAAAAGAGAAACAAAAGAAAGACGAGCAGGAGAGGUUGAGAUUGGAGUCAACUCCUCUUCGGCCUAAAGUGCUGGAUUUGGACUCUGUGCUCCGAAACGAACCAUUUUCAAAGCCUACUUCUCAACGCAGCGAUCUUGCAACAAGAUGGAAGGAACCAUCUCCCAGAGCAGAGGAACCCUACAAACCUUCCAUCCUUGAUAUAGACUCUUUCACAUCUCAAUCUCAGCCCUCCCCCAGUAAAGAUUUGUUUCCUGUUUCUAGUAUUCAGGGUGUAGACUCUGGGUUUGGGGCUUGGCUACAGCCUGAGAGGGAUUUAAGCUGGAAGGUGCCAGCGCAGACAGUCGGAUUCACAAGCCCAGCAUGGACGACAUCUCCUCAAGACCCAUGGGAGCUGCAGCUUGUUGAGAUGUCUGUGGACAAACCAGUAGAUGAACCCAGAAAACACACCAACAGACCCAGCCCGGAGCAACUCCUCCUCAGGCAGGAGGAACGGCUCACAGCUCCACAGAGACAUUGGUCUGGUGUGUUGGAUGACCCACUUCACUUAGCACCUUUUCCUGGGACAGAGGCCAAAACUGGUGUUUCUCCUGGUGGACUUUCUAGCGGCGCUCCUGCAGACCAGAUCUGGUUACCAAGACAACCACAGCCUCCUGUAGACAGCAGGGUGGAGGUCCGGAGCCAGAGGAGAUCACAGGGAUCCCAGGAGCUGAACAGGAUGCGUUCCCGCAGUGUGUCACGGCGAUCGGCCCCUUCAAGCAGUGCUUUGGAGGGAAGCCUUUCCAGGAUGAGGAGUCGCAGUGCCCACAGAGAACAGGACCGCCACAGCUGGGUGCAGCAGAAGCAAAGUGUGAGCAGUGAGGAGGAGGGGAAGGGUUCAGAAACUCCAGUGCGUGACACUGACAGUCAGUAUGGGACCUGGGAGACGGGACUGCGCACUGACGACAGUCUGACUCCUGCCACUCCCAGCUCAGAGAGCAACUUCAGCUCACCAAGAAAGCCCAGUCCAUCGCACACGCCCGGCGAACAGGCCACAUUGUUUGAUACCGACACCCCGGAUGGCCUUCCUCCAUCAUCGUCAUCCGAGAACCAGCCGCUCCCUUUCCCUGAUGCCCCGACUACUCUGUUAGACAACAGCGCUCUCCGCUCCAGAGCUCAACUGGGAAAGAAGCGAGCCCCACGGACAAGACCCACCAGAGCUGUCCGUCAGCAUGCUGCCCAGAGAGAAGGAGAGGGAGGAACCGCUGGGGACUGGCUUUAUAGAGACUCCACAGAGGAGAGGGUUGAGAGUAAGAAUGAUGACUCGGACUCUGAGGAGCAGGCCAGAGCAGAUGCCAGCCCUGCUGUUGCUUCUCAACCACAGAGGAUCGCCCUGUUCCCUGGAGUGGACCCUUCAGCUUUAAAGGCACAGUUAAAGAAGAGGGGCGAUUCUGACAAUCAAAUUGAUGGACCCUCUCCCUCCCCUUCCCAGCUUUCCCGCUCCCCUAAAUCCCCCUUCCUCCCACGGGCAGCGCGUGUACUGCCCCCACCUGGUGGGAAAGAAAAUGGUGAGGAGGACUCACCUCAGUGGUUGAAAGAGCUGAAGUCCAAGAAGCGCUUGAGUCAAUAUGAAAAUGAGAGUUAAAUAAAUAGUGAGGUUGCCUUAACAGAUGAAUCUAUGAGAAACAGAAGCCUUAACGUUUGACCCAGAGAGUAGGAGGGGUAAAUCUACCGCUGCUGAUGUAUUUUUUUUUCUGUUUGGGUUUUGUUUUUUGUUUUUUGUUCUCUUCCCAUCUGGGUCGAUAAAUGUGCAUGGUGCCUUUUUAUGGAGUCUCCGUCUUAUGGAAAAAGAAAUCAAGCAAGGAGAGAGGAGGAAAAAAAACCAUCAGACUGCUCUGCUUAUCCAUUUCAUGCUUGAAUCAGUGGGAGCUCUUUUGUACCAGGAGGGACUUCACAUGAACACUUUAAUAGGGACCAGGAGACGUGUGGGUGGGGGCAGGGAGGACAAAAAGCCAAUGAUUUCCUGUCGAGCUGCAUUUCAGGAAAUGGUUAACUUGUGGGACCAUGACGCCUCUUCACCCUGGACGUGCUUCAUUGUGUGCUGGAGGACAAUCCAGCCUAUCUUCUACGAGAUGUUUGUAAUCUAGUUUUCUUCCUCGACUAAUGUGUAUAAGUUGGCCACGUCUGUGGUAUAUGUGCUUAUCAGUCAACGGAGGUUGACGACGGAAUCACACAAGCGUCGCCAUAGGAUAACAUUUCAGUCACUAAAAGUCUUGAAUACAGAGAACAAAUCACCACUGACUUGAUGGUCAGUGGAAGUGUGUAUCAUGUUAGUAAUCAGGAGAUGUUAUAUUUGUAUUAUUGUUGAUUUAACAGACAGAGAGCUAGUUUUGAAAAAAAAAGAGAACAUUAAGAUGCAUCACUACAAUAAAGGCUCCUACGCCUUUUACUUUGAUACACUCACAGCCUAACAGUGUCAGAAUUGCUGCAUACUAUGUAUCUUUUUGUCUCAUUAUCUAAUAUUAAAUAUUUGUUUUUGUGGAAGAGAGAACGGGGGACUUUUGGCCAAGUGACUUUGCAUCUGUCAAUCAUGCACACACUCCUUAUCAGCACAAAUACACUCUUCAAUCCUGUAUGAAAACACUAAUCAACCUGUCUUCCUCUCACUUUUUAAUACAUUGAAUGAUUGUAACGGUAAGCAUCCAUUAAAAGCCAUAUUCAACUUGUAGAGCUCACACUCCAUUUUUUUUCCAGAAAAUGUGCAAUCCCCCCCCCUCUAUUUUAUUAUGUGCAUGCACAAUCUUUGCUGUUAAACCAGGCUUCGCUCAAACUGACUGGCCCAGAGUGUCAGGGUGUUGGCUCACACUACUCCAGCGCAGCGGAGGGAUGGUUUGUUCACUACAUUGUUCAAAUUACUCUAUCCCUUCCGCAUCGCUCCAAACAAAUGUGACUAUUUGCACCUGCUUUACAGCUUCCUCCUCAUGUCUGCCAUCCACCCGCCAACUCUGAGCUUCUAUUAAGCACUUUGUCACUUGAUGCACUACAGCACUGACCUCUGCAACCCCCCCCCCCCCCCCCCUCUCUCUCUCUCUCAUUGACCAUGUCCUCCCGUGUUUGGGUGAACUCAUCAGAGUGCUCAUGCAAUACAAAGUGAAUGUGUUGAUCGAGUCUUUUGGAGCGAUUGUCCCUGGUUUCUAUGUACAUGAUGUUUUACUUUGUCAUAAAUGUGAGGGUUUAUUUUUUAUGUCCUUCUUUGUCCUUUUUUAAUUUGAAAGUAAAGCUGUAUAUUACACUGUGUUGUACUGGCCAGUGUCCUAA